GUCAGUUAUGGAUAGACACACCCCUUCACGCACGGUGACUGAACUUAGCCAGAACACCGUAUAAUACACAACCUUUGACAUGGCUAUUACAGCUGAUCACAUCCGGGAUAAACUAAUUAAGGAGCUCGCGGCAGUACACGUGGAUGUGGAGGAUACAUCACCCAACAGAUGUGCUGCCAGCUACAAAGUCCUGGUGGUGUCGUCCCAGUUUGACGGCAAGCCGCUGUUACAGAGACACAGAAUGGUUAAUACGUGCCUAGCAGAGGAGCUGAAAGAGAUCCACGCUUUUGAACAGAAGACCCUCACACCAGAACAGUGGGAGAAACAGAAAUCACAAUGACACGCACACACAUUCAUUAUAUUACCCUCACAUCAGUUUAGAAUUUCUACUAUGAAACAGGCUUUGAACUUCUCAUAUGUAGAAAGAAUACUAGUGCUCUCUGUAAAUCAUCAAUAUCAAGCUAAAUUCUAUGGAAUGUUUUGGUGGCAAUAAAACACUUAUA